UGAAGAGCUGCCCAGCCCCGCCACGCCUCACUGAUUUGUGUCUCUUCGUUCUGCCUAAGCUACUGGUCCAGCCAGCCGUCUCCAGUCCAACUAACUGCUUAGUUCGUGGAUCAUGUUAAAAAGGACGCUGUAUCUGUAAGGCGCCCGACUGUCUGCGGCGUUGUGGCUGAGAAACUGACGCCCUCCGACUGCACGGUUAUUAUAGACGGCAUAGUUUCAUCCUGGACCUUGUGAGGAAAGCGGCGGUGUUGGAUUUAAAGGGGGUACAGCCGUCAAUCAAACGGAAGGAUUCGAACCAUUGUAACGGUGGACAGACAGUGUGUUGCUGUGUGUGUGUGUGUGUGUGUGUGCGUGUGGAGACAACCGGACCACCAGGUGUGUGUGUCCAGCCUACUAGCUGACUGUCAGGAUGAGGCCUGGUCAGCUGUAUGUUCUGGUUCCAGCCUCCGCUGCCCUCCUCCUCUUCCUCAUGGUCCUGUCAGAACCGUCUCAGACCAGCGCCUGCAACAAGGCCCUCUGCGCCUCGGAUGUCAGCAAGUGUCUCAUACAGGAGCUGUGUCAGUGUCGUCCGUCCGAUGGGAACUGUUCAUGCUGUAAAGAGUGUAUGCUCUGUCUGGGGACACUGUGGGAGGAAUGCUGUGACUGUGUCGGGAUGUGUAACCCUAAGAACUACAGCGAUACUCCAGCCACCUCUAAGAGCACAGUGGAGGAACUCCAUCGACCAAUCCCCUCGUUGUUCCGAGCCCUCACGGAGGGCGACGCCCCUAUCAACAUGAUGGUGGUGUCCUUCCCCGUUGCCGAGGAACUAUCUCACCACGAGAACCUGGUCUCCUUCUUGGAGACGCUUGACGACCAGCAUCAGAACAUGUCAAUCCCCGGCAACAGCAUUCACGCAAGAUACGACACUCAAGAUAACAUGUGUACGGUGGUCUACUUUGACGACUGCGUAUCCAUCCGCCAGUGUAAACUAUACUGUGAGUCGAUGGGAGGGUCGAAGUACCGCUGGUUUCACAACGCCUGCUGUCAGUGCAUCGGCCCGGAGUGUCUGGACUACGGCAGCAAGGCCGUGAAGUGCAUGAACUGUCUGUUCUGAAGACAGACGGUGGAUGGAUCUAUGAACUGUCUGUUCUGAAGACAACAUAUAUAUGGACCAAACCCAUGGGCGGCUCGAGGGAGGGGCUAGACGAUGUGGAAGCCUCCUCCCAAAAUAUUUUAUUAAUAUAUGAAUGCAUUUACACCAUACAGUGCCUUCGGAAAGUAUUCAGACCCCUUGACUUUUUUUCACAUUUUUUUACGUUACAGCCUUAUUCUAAAAUGGAUUAAAUCAUUUUUCCCCCUCAUCAAUCUACACACAAUACCCCAUAAUGACAUCACAAUACCCCAUAAUGACAUCACAAUACCCCAUAAUGACAUCACAAUACCCCACAAUGACAUCACAAUACCCCACAAUGACAUCACAAUACCCCAUAAUGACAAAGCGAAAACGGGUUUCUAUACAUUUUUGCAAAAACAUAAAAUAUUUUGACAAAUAAAAAAACAAAACAGAAAUACCUAAUUUACAUAAGUAUUCAGACUUAAAAUUAAGCUCAGGUGGAUCCUGUUUCCAUUAAAAUAGCUGUGCAGCAAUGCUCCCCAUCCAACCUGACAGAGCUUGAGAGGAUCUACAGAGAAGAAUGGGAGAAACUCUCCAAAUACAGGUGUGUCAAGCUUGUAGCGUCAUACCCAAGAAUACUAGAAGCUGUAAUCACUGCCAAAGGUGCUUUAACAAAGUACUGAGUAAAGGGUCUGAAUACUUAUGGAACUGUGAUAUUGAGGUUUGCAAAAAUGUCUAACAACCUUUCAUUAUGGGGUAUUGUGAUGUCAUUAUGGGGUAUUGUGAUAUCAUUAUGGGGUAUUGUGAUAUCAUUAUGGGGUAUUGUGACGUCAUUAUGGGGUAUUGUGAUGUCAUUAUGGGGUAUUGUGAUAUCAUUAUGGGGUAUUGUGAUGUCAUUAUGGGGUAUUGUGAUGUCAUUAUGGGGUAUUGUGAUGUCAUUAUGGGGUAUUGUGAUGUCAUUAUGGGGUAUUGUGUGUAGAUUGAUGAGGGGAAAAACAAUGUAUUCCAUUUUAGUAUAAGGCUGUAAGGUAACAAAAUGUAGAAAAUGUCAAGGGGUCUGAAUACUUUCCAAAUGCUCUGUAUAUUACAAACACCACUACACAACAACCUACCCCUUAGCCACCUCAGUGUAAGUUUCUGGUGUCUUCACUGACCAAACCUGACUGUUCGUCCAAUAUGUUAAUGAUUGGAUUCCUCUCAGUCUGCUAUCUGACUAUCACUGUGUCUCCUCUCAGUCUGCUAUCUGACUAUCACUGGGUCUCCUCUCAGUCUGCUAUCUGACUAUCACUGGGUCUCCUCUGUCUGCUAUCUGACUAUCACUGGGUCUCCUCUCAGUCUGCUAUCUGACUAUCACUGGGUCUCCUCUCAGUCUGCUAUCUGACUAUCACUGGGUCUCCU